AGGAAACCGGCGGAAGUAAGGAAGGACUUGCAUCAGAAACAUGGCUGGCGAAAACGAAACGACGAACCAAAACCAGGUUCAGAACCGUCAGCCCCACUUGUCAAAACAAGAUAUAACAACACUUGUAAAUACUUUGCAUCUUAUACUUUCAGUUAAAGAGUAAUCUUAAGUCCUUAAUUUGUAUUUCCACAUAUGGUUGUAUGCAAUACUGUGUGAUUCUUAGGAUACUUUAUAGGGAAGCGUUAUUCACACAGCUCUGUGAAUAACGUUUAGCGUUAUCGGCAGACCGAAAUCUGUGAAUAACGGCGAGCGUUAUCCACACAGCUCUGUGAAUAAUGUUUAGCGUUAUCGGCAGACCGAAAUCUGCGAAUAAUCAUAUAAUGCAUUAGAUCUAGACUGGUGAAAAAUUAUUGUUGGAUGUAGGCUAUUAAUAUUGGGGUUGAAAUGGCUAGAAAGACUUUGCAAUUGUAUGCUAGUAAUUAGUUUUUGUAGAGUUGCGUUUGUUUUAAAUGUGGUAAAUUAUAGAUUUGUAUUUUGUUGACAUUGUACCGCGCUUCGAGCCUUUGGGGAUGAAGCGUGUUUUUGAAAUGAACUUCAUUAUUAUUAUUAUUAUUAAUAUUACUAUUAGUAUACUGAACCGUCAUGAGUUAUUAUCGAAUUUUUUUCACUAUUAAUUAUAAAAAAAGGGCAAAUUUAUUACUAAUAUUAGUAUGGUAAUAUCUGUAUACCGGUAGUAUAAUAGUAAUAGCCUAUUACUAUACUAAAUAUUAUGCAGUAUAAAGUAUAUACACAAUUGUAGUAUAAGUAAUAUACUUAGUUACUUAGCUUAAUCAGUAUACGCAUACAUGGGCGCCCGCAGAAAACUUUCGGGGGGGGGGGGAUCGAUUAACUUUCUGGGGGGGGGGGCAAAAUUUGUUAGCAAUGUUUUAAUAUAGUCUUAAUUUACUGUAGCGUAUUUGUAUGGUGAACGAACGGACAGGACAGGACAUCAGCUUAGUUACUUUCUCUUUAUUUUCUCUUUACUUUAAUACAUUUUUUGUCUAAAUUUUUCCAAUCAAUCUAAGGGGGGGGGGGGUAAGUGCCCCCCACUUGCCCCUAACUGCGGGCGCCCAUGUACGCAUACAAAUUUAUUAUUGGGUGAUAAUUAGUGGGUCUAUAAUGCAGAGCGUUAUUGUUAGACAGAAAUGAUCACAUAAGUACUCACAUUUCUAGAUCACAUUCCAAGCCGAGGUGGGGGUGUAGUUUUAAGUAGUGUAGGAGAUUUGGAUCUUUAAAGAAUCUUUAAUGAGUAUGGCACAAGCACAUUUCAUAACCGAAGCUAUGCACAAAUUAAAUUUUAAAAAUUUAAUAGGCCUAACUAUAGCCUAUAUAUUGGAUAUAGGACAGUUAGUUGUGCCUACAUCUGCUCUGUUAGGGGCCAACACAGGGUCUAUUCGACCUAUAGAGUGUUACUAAUAGAUCCAGUCAAACCUCCUACUCCUAGACAUAACUAAUUUUCUGGUAUUUCAUAUUAAAUAUUAUACCAGUAAUAAAAAUUGUACCCGUACCGGUAUUCUUCGUGUAGACUCACUUUCACCCAUUGUAGAGAGGUCUUAAAAUGAUGUCAAAGCUUGAUAGGGUAUCGUUUAGUGUUUUAAAAGCCCUAUGAUAUAUCACCUAGUCUAGAAUUGUUCUGUCAGGAAUAGCCCAUGCAGAGAGGUGGCUGCAUCAGGUGGCCAUGUGAGAGAUGGGGAGGGGCAUAUUGGCCCUACAUUGAUAAUAACAGAAUGUAAUCCUGUUAAAGUUUAAGGCUAGUAUUUUUUCCUCAUCCUUGAGCGUGUCCCUUAGUCUACCCAGCUCUGGCAUUAGCUGGUCAAAAGUAAAGCUGGCUGGUUAUUGCGCUGGCCAUACACUCAAACUUGUAAACGCUGCUUCAAUUUCCCCAUGGGUAGGCCAAUAUGAUCUGAAGGGGAACUUUACUUCCCCAAGACUCGCAAUGCAUCCUACGACAAGCAAGUUUCCAACAAAUUUUUUAAUGCUUUUUUUUGUAUUUAGACCCAUAGUUACAACAGUGACAGUAUGACUUUUUGUUUUUAGACCCAAGUUACAACAGUGACAGUAUGGCUUUUUGUUUUUAGACCCAUAGUUACAACAGUGGGAGUAUGGCUUUUUGUAUUUAGACCCAUAGUUACAACAGUGGCAGUAUGGCUUUUUGUUUCAAUUAUCAACAUUUUUUUGACAAGAGCUAAAAUUGUUGAUGUCAAUGAUAUUGAUAUGUUUUAAGUACGGUACCGGUAUCUUCAUUUCAUUGUCAUCACUAAGUGUUAUUUCAACUAUUUCUGGAGCGGCAUAUUGUGUCCCUACUUAUUAUGAUACUUAUUAGAAAAUAAAAUGAAACAAAUAAAACGUGACAUAUUUUUUCAGCUAAACAUUAAUACACAACUCUGUGAUCUAAAAUAUUUGAAUAAGUAAGUUAUUAAUAAGUAUUUGUUUAUUAGAGAAAAAACAAAUGGAUGUUAAAGUCUAUGAGUGGAAUUAUACAAAGAAAAUUAAACAGUCAAAAGAGCUAAAAGUAUAGUAAGUUAUUAAUAAGUAUUUGUUUAUUAGAGAAAAAACAAAUGGAUGUUAAAGUCUAUGAGUGGAAUUAUACAAAGAAAAUUAAACAGUCAAAAGAGCUAAAAGUAUAUCACAAUGUACAGUUAGCACAGCUGUAUCUGACUUAAACAUGGUUUAUGCGGCUGAUCUGCAUAUUGCAUGUCCAUGUUGUUUACAUUUUUUUAACGAAACUUGAAUGAACAUUCUAACAAAAUAGAUUGAAACUUGUAACAUAAGUAACAAAACUAUAUGAAAAUAACAAUAAAACUAUGUGAACAGAAAAAGAAAGCUAUAGGAAGAAUAUUAUUAUAAUAUAACACUACGAAAUAACCAUUAAAUAUUUUGUUUUUAAAUUUUAUUUAUAAAAAUGAAGCUUCCCCGACUGGGAAUCGAACCUAUGUCUGCUGGGUGACGGACGGAGACACUGACCACUACUCUACCGAGGAGAUGUGUAUAAAGAACUUUUGUACUUUAUAUUCAUUAAUUAAUUUAUCACAUUCUGUGAAUAACGUUUAGCGUUAUCGGCAGACCGAAAUCUGUGAAUAACGGCGAGCGUUAUCCGCAUAGCUCUGUGAAUAAUCACUUCGUACUUUAUAGUACUCAGAACAUUCAAAUUCAGUCUUUAACUUCAUUUCUUCAUAGUUUUAUUAAAAUUUUAAGAUAAAUGUACAUUUAAUGACAUGGGUUUAACCAAGAGUUGUCUCAACCUAAGCACAGUGAUGUCACUUGGGGAAUCUCAACACUGGACUUAGGGUGGCUGGACCAACGAUUGGACUAGAACCACCAGAAUGAUAACUUUCCUGUUUUUCCCUGAGCAUUGACAUCAGUAGGGACCUCGGUAUCGACCGGAAAUACCCGAAAAAAGGGUAUCGUAUUUUCGUUGUCAUUAUGGCGACCUCUACUUUUUAAUUUACUGAGGGUAUCGUUGUUUCGCGUCUCAUAAUUGAUUUUUAGCAUAAUAAUAUAAUUUUACUUCCGCCAAUUACUUAAAGCCGACAUCUUUCCUGUUAUAUUAAGAGUUCGUUUGAGUUUUUGGGUCAAGAUUAAAGCUUUGAAAAUUGAAGUUAAAAAUUGGUCAACUUCACUCAAGAAUUACUUUUGUUAAAAAAUGCGCUCUUAAAUAAAAAUACUCCGCUCUUUUAGUUUAUAUGUUCAUUUAAAACAUAUCCAAAAUUCAUGAGUGUAGACCAUGGGUGGGCUUCAAAAACAAAUUUCCAAGAUGUCAUUUUUUUAGGCUAUGUAAUUUGUCAUCAUGGCCACCGUGCUUGUCUGCUUAUUUCCAAUUAUCGAUAGCAGCCGUGGGGUAAUUAAUAAUUCAUUAAUUUGGUUAUCCAGAGUAUAAAUGGGAAAUAUAACUAAUAAUAAAUCAUUUUAUAUAAAUAAAAAAUGUUUUAUAACAUAAAUAAUUAUUAUUGGCUUAUUGAAUAUCAGUGAUUUUAAUUUUUGGGUUGGUUGCCAUGGACCUGGCUGACACUGACAUGGGAAUGAUAAGCUCUUGUCUUUGACUUAGAUAGUGAUAGGCUUAGUUUAAGUAUUAUAAUAGUAUUUAUACUAUUAUAAAUGAUUUAAGGAGUGGGAUAAAUAGCUUUUAUUACAACUAAUAUAUUUAUCAUUUAUAUUAGUUUAUAUAUUUAUAGAUAAAUAUUUAUUUGUAUAUAUAUAAUAUAUAUAAUGACCAUUAGGCAUUAGGCUAGAGGCCUUGUAUACAUAUAAUAUAGUAUAAUACAAAGUAUACUAUAUCAGGGUUAAGGCCUAGACCCAACCCAACUAAUUUGUAGGGCCUAUUAUAAUAAAUUAUAUUUAAUGAUAUUUUAGGAUAUGUAAUAAAAUUUUAAUGAAUAUUGUGAUUCUUACUUAAGUCAUAAACUAAGUAAAACAUUUUGAAAUAUUCACUUACCUUUGGUAUUGAAAUAGCCUAUAUUUAAUCACAUAUCACAAUAUUCCACAAGAGAAUUAUUAUAUAAUCUUCGGUUUCUCAAAGAAAAAACACACUUUCUGGCACUACAAUCCAAGAAUUACUUAAGAUAUUAUUAAAGAACAGUCAUAAUAACCUGUACUUACCUCUAGUAAAUGACUAGAACUUAUUUUAUUAACAUCUAAAGUCAAAGUUGAUUCUAAUAAUACAUGUGGAUUUGUAAAACAAGAUUACAAACUUAAAAUAAAUGACAUGUUGAUUGUUUUGUCAUACUCAUAGGAAAAAUAUAAUAUAUAGUAUACAUAUGUAGAAAAUGGUAAAAUAAAAAGUGUAAUUGUCAAUUUUAAAUAAAUAAAACAAAUAAACCCUUUAUUAUUUGUUUAUGCUUAUAAAUGCUAAACAAUUCCACAGAAAAUCUGCAAUUAAUAUCUAAAGAAUAUUAUUAUUAUUAUGAUUGUUGGGAAAUUAAAACAAAAUUUUAAUUAAUUAAUUACAAAUAAGUGAUGAGUCAGCAUUUUUAUACAUUUUUAAUAGGCAAAUAAUAAAGUUUUUUUUUUUAAUAUUUGUGUCACAUUAACAAAAACUAAUGUAUAUUUUGUGGCUUUAUUUAGAAGUACUCUUAUUUAACUAUGUUCCCUGUAAAUGUUAUAUUUUUGUCUCAUUUUAUAAUAAAGUUAUAGGCGUUAAAAAAAAAGCAAAAUGAGGGUCACAAAUGUGGAGGAAAAUCCCAUAGUAAAAAAGUGGUUUUGAGGUCCCUACGAAAAAAUUCAUAACUUUUGAACCACUUGAGCUAGAAAGUUAUGCUUGGUGUUUUUGUAAUCUAUUCUCCAGGCUCUAUACAGCUGUAGUAUUUUUAUAUUUUUAAAAAUGUUUUGAAAUUUUCAUCAAAGUGGCUAUCAUCAGAAACAUAAUCGGUACAUGCAUAGAGAUUGUCCCAUCCUUUUCCCCAUGGCCGUUGUUAAGAACUUGAAUGUGUUGUGUGAUUGCGUGUUGUUUUGAGAGUAUUUGGGUAGAUGUUGUUACUAAAUGUUUGAAAUUUUGUUACGUAUUGCGCGAAAGGGGAUGUGACGUAGAUUAUUGUGUGUUGUGGUCUUGUGAGCAAUGGCAGUUGAAGCUCUACCUUAGUUAUGUAAUAAAGAUAUUUAAUAUGAGACUAAUGGUUUGUGAGUAUAUAUAUAAUAUAAUUAAACCCCUAGACAACAAAGCAGACGAACCUUUUAAGUAAGACCUGAUUCGUAACAGCCGUCAUCUUGGUAGCCACAACCUGUAAAAGGUCACGGGUAAUGGCAACCAAGUUGGCAGUCGUGUAAAAAUAAAAUAUCUCGUGUCUGCUAAAAUUAGGAAUAAAAUGUUAAAAUUUAAUGAAAAUAUGUCAGAUAAAUUUUGCGGUCAGCUUAGCUACUUUAUUGUAUCCCUCUCACGUCUGCUAAAAUUUAGGAAUAAAAUAUUAAAAUUUAAUGAAAAUAUGUCGGAUAAAUUUUGCGGUGAGCUUAGCUACUUUAUGGUAUCUAGGGGUGUGCCGGAUCCGGAUUUUCUUAUGCGAAAUCCGCCGGAUUCCGGAAUAAUCCGGAUUCCGGUUUCUCCCAGAUUCUGGAUUUUGGUACUAUUGGUAGAUACUUCGGUAAGUCAAGGUGGACUACUACUUUUUGUGUAUGGGAAUUCGCAAUCGGCGCCAAAAAAUCUGAGUUUUUAAUUUUCCGAUGUGUGUGUCUAUUUAUUAUUAAAUUAGUACUUUUGAUAUAUAUUUGAGUUCCGUUCCAUUUGGAUAUGUGUCUUACGAGAGACGCCAUGUUUCUACGCGUUCGCAGCAGGUCAUGCAGCUCGCUCAACCUAAUUUCGCCAUGGGGUUGGCCACGCCCCCCUUUUUAAUGGCGGAAGUUGACGAUACUUAGGAAAUAUUAAUAUAUUAUCACUAUUUACAUCAAAAUAAUUGAUAACUUGUGUUUCAGAAUGCAUUUAAAGACAUUUAAACUGGAAUGUUUUAAUUUGAGCUUUAACAACCCGGUAGAAUCCAUAUUAUAAAUGAUCAGAAUUUACCGUGUGCAACACGUUGUCAUUGGCAACCAUUCACAGCCACUUGCAUAACUGUAUCGUAGUACUACCUCAGAGUUUCAUUCAUAAGAGUUUGCCGUGUGCAAAAACUAUUAAACCAUUGGUCAGGGAAAGCUUUAAUUAAUUAUUCAUGUGCCAAAGUUGAAAGUUUAAACUAAGUCUAAACAGUAUUUUAGUGAUAAGGCAGGGAAUGCGUUGCCUUAUAUAAACUAUAUAGUCAUUGCGCAUGACGGGAUUGGCGGAAUGAGAUCACAGAAUGUGGAGAUGCAGUCCAUGUUAAAAAAUGACAAACCAAGUCGUACUUUAAAAAUUCAUAACUUUAAAACUACAACAGCUAAAAAUAUGAUUUUGGUGUUAUAAUUCUUUAAAAAAUUACAUCUUUUCAACUAUGCCAUUGGUUUAUUUUUACAAAAAGUUUAAAUUUUCUUAUCAAAGUCCCUACACUAUUGGCCACUAUUAGCGGUGCUGACUCUAGCCUCUGGUAUGUACGGAAUAUUAAACAUUAAACAAGCUCAACGCUCGAAACAAUCGAUUAAUGUAUCGUGAUCGUGUGGAAUUCGGGAAAGAGAAUUACUUUUAUUUCAGAUUAUGAUCCGGUGAGUCACAAAAUCUGGCAAAUUCCGAAAUCCGGUAUAUUCCGGAAUCCGGUUGUUCCGGAUACAUGUAAAUCCGGCGGAACCGGAUUUCACCGGAUAGUGCAAAAUCCGGCGGACUCCGGCACACCCCUAAUGGUAUCCCUCUAGAUGUGGCAAGAAGUGUUGGCGUAAACAACCUAUGGUGGAUCCCUUUCCUCCCGUACUUUCAGACAUUACACAUGCAAAAUAAUUAUAAAUUAAUAAAUUAAUAUUAAUGAAAACACAAAUUAGUUUCAUAGAAUACACAUUAACACACUUUAUUCAGGUUCCAUCGAAAAAAAUAUCCAGAAAAUAAAUAAAAUACAAUUACAAACCCAUGGUCAAAUAUGGCACAGACCUGAUUUUUUAACAAAUGAUAUCAAUAAAAGCGAUUUGUUUCUAAAUUUAGAUGGCUUUCUGAUCCUCAACUUGGUUAUUUUGAGCGGACAAAUAGGAUUUAAGUUUUUUGUUGUCGACCGUUCAGUUUAUUGCACCACCAGUUUUGAAUGUGUGCCUUGUGCAAAAAUAAUUCUUUUGUAAAUCCGGUGGAAAAAUUUUUCAAAAACCUGUAUGGCUGUAAAACUUAUCAAACUUAUUAAAACUGUACAAAGUACAGGUAAACCAUACCAGUACCAGGUUGGCAUGUGUGCCAGUUGAUAAAAGAAGCAUGGCUUAGCCUACUUAAUUUAUUCAAGUUCAAGAGAAAAUUUUAAUUGAAAUGUUAGAAAAUAAUUUCCAAAAUGAAAUAGGUGACUUGCCUAGUGAAUUGGACAUUAAGUUAUACUACAUUGUAGUUUACUGUACUGAUUUGUUCAUGAUUUAGAUUAAAAAUACCGUAGUUAUUUCUUCUACCUCUAACAAGUUUGUCUACUACUUCUACUACCAGCAAAGUCUUGUUAAAACAUUAUUUUUCCUCAGGAUGUUAAAUCAUUGACCCCUCUAUCGCCUGAUGUUAUUAGUAGACAGGCAACUAUAAAUAUAGGUAAGUUUAUUAAACCAUUAAACCCGAAAGUUGCAACUUUCAAUUUAAGGGCAGUGAUGCUGUAAACGGUGUGUAAUAGAGGGCACUGCCACAGCUACAUGUCUAGCCCUAGAAGGGGCCAUUCAUAAAUGAUGUAACGCAUAAAUGGGGGGGGGGGUGUCCCCACAAAUUUGUGAAGUUGUAUUAUGAGGAUGUCUUUAAAAUCCCCCCACCCCCAAAUAAACAAAAGAUGGCCCCUUAUAGCUUUGUUUUCCACACAUCAUCAUUGUGACAUCUCACCUAAAUAAGGCAAUAUGUUUCUAAUAAAUGUCUAAGAAUCAUAGAUAGAUUUUCAUUAAUUGUAAAGUAAUGUUUUUAAUGUAUAAUAUAAUAAUAAUGGCCAUUAAUUUCUAAGUGUGCUUUAUUUUUAUUAUUCAUAUAAAGUUCCAAUCUUUUCUUUUAUUUGUUUAUAAUAAUCUCUGCAGCUUGGUGGCAAUGAGACAUAUUUAUGAGCUGUUUAAAAUAGAAAUGACAUCCUGUCUUUAUUUGCAGGAACCAUUGGCCAUGUAGCUCAUGGAAAGUCCACAGUUGUAAAAGCCAUAUCUGGUGUACAGGUUAGACACACACAUUCAUAUUUUAUUGGCUUCAGUAUGUGCUUAAAUGUCAUUCUUCAUUGCAACUCAUAAUAAAAUUUGAAACAUAAAAAUUAAGUUGCUUAUGUACUUUAAUAAUAAACUUGUAAAAUUAAAAGAAAAUUAACUUACAAAAAAUUUAACUUAUGCAAAUCUGAAAGACAUUUACCAUUAAUAUAUUAAGAGAAUUGCCUAACUUUGCUCUUUUCUUCACUAUUUUAAUUUAGUUGAUUUUUUAAAAAAAUAAUUUUAAAUGUUUAUUUUAUUUUAGACUGUCAGAUUCAAGAAUGAACUUGAAAGAAAUAUUACAAUUAAGCUAGGUUAUGCUAAUGCAAAGGUAAUUUUUUUUCUUUCCAUUUUUAUGUGGUCUGUGUGUAUGUUUGGGUAAAUCACUUUCAAAGUCCCCGUCCCCACCUUUUUUUUUUAAAAAAAAAACUAAAUUAUUUUUCCCAAAGUUAUACUUGCCUUUUUUUUGUUAAUUUUUUAUUUUUUAUUUUAUGCUAAUGCAAAGUUAAUUUUUUUUCUUUCCAUUUUUAUGUGGUCUGUGUGUGUGUUUGGGUAAAUCACUUUCAAAGUCCCCGUCCCCACCUUUUUUUUUAAAAAAAAAAACCAAAGUAUUUAUCCCAAAGUUAUACUUGCCUUGUAUUUGUCAAUUGUAUAUUUUUUAUGAAACUUUGUGUUAAUGAUAUUAUUUCUUACUGGUUUAUCAAUAAAUAAAUUUACCCUUAAUUACUUUCUGAAUCAUUAACAUUGCCAUAUUUUCCUCACAUUUCCCAAAUUAUAAUAUUUAAAAUAUUCCAGGCACUCUCGUAAAUUAAUUUUUGUUUCCACCAUGCAGAUCUAUCAGUGUGAUAAUGAAACCUGUCCAAGACCAGAUAGCUAUAGAUCUUGUGGUAGUGCUAAAGAUGACUCAUUCGUUUGUGACAGACAAGGCUGUACAGGAAGAUUCCGACUAAAAAGGUUUGUGCAGCAUGCUCAUCAUGUUAGACUAUUGAACUAAAUACAUAAAAUAUUUCAUUUUCUCGGGCAUGGCAAUUCUAUUUUUUCACAUCUCUAUAUCCAAGUUUUCUUUUUUUUUCUGUCUUUAUUUAGGCAUGUGUCCUUUGUAGAUUGCCCUGGUCAUGACAUUCUUAUGGCCACUAUGUUGAACGGAGCAGCUGUUAUGGAUGCCGCCCUUCUUAUGAUUGGUAGGUAGACCUUUAGCUUAUUAACUAACAUACAGACAGCUCAGAAAUUUAGUAACUGUGGCCUCGAGCUAUGACUUACCCCAAGCAGUAUUAAAUUAUUGAAAUCAUUUAAAUAAAUUUUUUUCCCAAAAAUAUCCUGUGAACUUAACAAGUACCUGUAUUAUAUUUUUAAAUACUUGGUAUUGACUUUGCUUUUGUUCAUGGGUGGGUGGCAGGCAAAAGCUUUGGACGUUAAAUUGGCCCUCUUCCCGUCGAGUUAUUGAGCUGAUACAUAGACUCACGCCCAAUAACAACACAUUUUAUCAAAUUUUCAGCAAAUUGUUUGAGAUUUCAUUUUAUACAAAAAUCGAGCUAUGACUUACCCCAAGCAGUAUUAAAUUAUUGAAAUCAUUUAAAUAAAUUUUUUUCCCAAAAAUAUCCUGUGAACUUAACAAGUACCUGUAUUAUAUUUUUAAAUACUUGGUAUUGACUUUGCUUUUGUUCAUGGGUGGGUGGCAGGCAAAAGCUUUGGACGUUAAAUUGGCCCUCUUCCCGUCGAGUUAUUGAGCUGAUACAUAGACUCACGCCCAAUAACAACACAUUUUAUCAAAUUUUCAGCAAAUUGUUUGAGAUUUCAUUUUAUACAAAAAUCUUUGUUUUGAGGGGUUGUUCAAUAAAUCCUUUAUAUUAACUUCGCUAUUGUUUGUGGCAGGCAAAAUCUUCGGCAGGCCAAUUGACCAACUUCCUGUCAAUCAAUUGAGCUGAAAAUUGGCUAAUUGACUCGUUGGCAUUGACAACACAUUCUUUAAAAAAUUUUAGCCCCAAACCACAACCCCAAUAUUGUUCCUGUUUUUCAAGUGGAAGAUAAAGGAAAUAUGAUGCCACUGGUUUCACUCAGGAAAUAAAAUUCCAGAUAACUGCGCAUAAUGAGAUUCUUUAAAAGACAACAUUGCGUUUAGUGCAUAAUAUUUUCUUUAUUUUUUUCUGGAAUAGUCGAUAAAAUAUAGCUAUGGUGUAAAAGCGGGUGGGUCAUUAAAAUAUUAAUAUAGUUCAUGGGUAUGAAAAAAAAUGUGCGGUUGCAAGCUUUGGAGAGGGAGCACUAAUUGAAAUUCUUAUAAAAUGUGUUACUUGUAUGCAUGUUUUGUGAAAUUUUCAGCCCCACCAUUAAGAAAUGUGUGGUUGGGAGCGGGGGUGGGGGGAGCAAUAUGGAUUCUUAUAAACAGAAUUAAAUAAAAAAAUAACUUGGCUGUAAUAAAACUACAUAACAAGUGUUAUUUUACUUAAUUCUGAUUUUACUGUUGUUUGUUGAUGAACACUUGUUCAUUGUUUUGUUGCGUUCUUUUUUUCAGGUUUUCCCAUACUUGGUUUCACUCAUUUCCAUUUGUCUCUUCAAUAUAAAGUAAUAUACUUAUAAAUAUUGUGAUGGAUGGAAAAUCUUCUGGUUUACACAUUCCAUUCUGUCUCACUAGUACUGGUACAUUUCAAGUCUGCUGAUAGAAUGCACUGACAACGAAACACAUUCCAUUCUGUCUCACUAGUACCGGUACAUUUCAAGCCUGCUGAUAGAAUGCACUGACAACGAAACACAUUACCGUACAUUUUUUUUUAAACAAUAGUUUAAUUUUUAUUUUGUAGCCGGCAAUGAAUCUUGUCCACAACCUCAAACAUCGGAACAUCUGGCAGCUGUAGAAAUCAUGAAGCUGAAGCACAUCCUCAUCCUUCAAAAUAAAAUUGAUCUUGUCAAAGAAUCACAAGCCAAAGAACAGUAUGAACAGAUUCAAGCUUUUGUUAAAGGUGCCGGUUUUUUUCAUUCUUUUUUUGUGUGUGUUAAUGUUUUGAAAUUGAUUUUAUGUAUAGAAAAAACGAUUUCAUGGUAACUGAUAUAGCUUUAAAAAAAAGUAAGUUUAAUUUGCAUCCAGUGUAAAUUUUUAAAAUGUCUUUAAGUACCCUGUAUGCUUAAUUUAACUAUACUGGGUACAUAGUUUUUGGGGUUAAGUUGGUAGAUUGUAAAAUAAUAGCAUUAUAAUAAUUUAUAAGCAUAAUAUCGGUACCGGUUAUAGAAAAUGAAAAAAAAAUGGAAUUGUAACAGAACAUAACAAGAAAAAGACAAUAUUUGAGGUAGUAUCUGUUUAAAAAAAAUUAUUUGAAAUUAGUGAAAUCUGCUUUAUUUGAAAUGUUUUUUCAAACUAAUUAUCUACAGUGUUUACUUUUCUAAGGAAAACCUUUAAAAACUACAUAAAAAGCAUGUGUGACCCAAAGCAAAGAUAUUAGUAAAUGACUCCAUACCAAAUUUUAUGCAAUUUAAGUUUUGGAUGUUGCAUUGACUUUUACAUGGAAUUCACCUGAUGUAGAAUUUAGAAUGAUACAAAACCUAUUAGUAAAGUUAAACUUUUUAUGUAAUGGACUGGGAACCAUAACUAAACAAAAAAAAUGUUUUGUAGGAACUGUUGCUGAAGGUGCUCCAGUUGUUCCAGUGUCUGCACAGCUUAAGUACAAUAUAGAUGUAAUUUGUGAGUACAUCAUCAAGCGCAUCCCGGUGCCAGUUAGGGAUUUCUUGUCAGAGCCAAGACUCAUUGGUAAGUUGUUUUGCAACAGAUUAAUUUAAUUAAAUAGUAAUUUAAAUAAUUAACUCAUUCCCACAGCUGCGACUAAAUGCAUCUUACGAGAGUCACGACUGUUGUGUCCUGGUACAUCUCUCUCAUUGUUAUUUAAACAAAAGGAUGCCAUUUUGAGACUUCUAGUGUGCACGUUUUUCAAUCUAGUUGUGAUAUCUAGGAUGUGCUGGCCCAAAGUGUAAAAAUGUUUGUGUUUUUUGGCCUUGUUCGUUAUUCUUUCUGUAACUGUUAUAAUUUUUUAAAACUUUAUUUAUUUCUGGGUACAUUUGUCCUUCAUUUGUUGAAAUUAAUUAAUAUUUAGCAGCUAAAAUAAAUUCCCUUUAUUCAGGAAUGUGGAUUAAAUCAGGAGAAGCAUAGAUGUAAGGAAGUGCUUUAUUGAGUAUUUUUGUACUGAAAAUUACCCGCCAAAUAUCUGGGAAGUGCAUUUGUAGUAUUGCCUUUGGUCUGUAAGGUAUAGUGCUAUAAAAUGACUCAUGUGCCCCACUAAUACGGUACAGGAAAAUAAAAGUUUUUUACUUGGUCAUCUAAUGAGCAAUAAGUUUGAAUGUGUCAGGCACCGGUUGGAGACAAUCACUAUGUCUUCUGCUAAUUGAAUGUGUCAGGCACAGGUUGGAGACAAUCACUAUGUCUUCUGCUAAUUGAAUGUGUCAGGCACAGGUUGGAGACAAUCACUAUGUCUUCUGCUAAUGAAUUUGAGGUGGAGACUGUUCAUCUUACCUGCUAAAAUUUAUACACCUUAUGGUAGAAGGUUGCUCUUGUUUUAUCUCUAUCACCUAUAGUAGACCUGUUAACUCUUAGGAUGUUGGUGUACAGUGCAUGACUUUGAAGUAUCUUUUGCAGUUUUUCACCAAGACCUGUCACAGCUACGAUUUUAAGAAACUGGGUUAAAAAUAUAUACAUUCUGGUAGUUUUUCAGAUUAAAAAAUUAUCAUUAAAAAAGUCAAUUUUUGAUUGUUAGUUUUAACCUGCUGUCUACAUCCAGCAGUGAAUGGAGCGAGAAAUACGAUUGUUUUGGGACCUAAUAUUAUGUUUGCCCUGAGAAGGGAAGGGGGGUGGUGAUUUAGGAGAUUGGUGGGGGGGGGGGAGGCGGGGGUUUACGCCAGCUUAACUCAACUCCACCAGACACCUGAUGCGAGCAGUUAUUUUACUUGUAUAAUACAUUAUAUAUAUACUGAUUUAUUUACCAUUAAGAUGCUGUAUUGUACGAUUUUGCGGAGUUGGAUGGUAAACAGGUCUGCUAUAGGGGUCUACUCUCCUUUUACUACCCUUCAUUUGGGUAAGCUUAGGGGUUGUACUUUCUGAGCAUGCCCCCUCAAUGCUUGGCCCACUAUUUUAAAAAAUUUAUUGAGUGAUGACAAGUUGAAUGGAAGCAUAUAGUAUAGGUAGGACUAAAUAUCCAGUUUUGGAAUUUCAUUUAAAGUGCUUGAGAUUAUUUAUAUCUAAAAUUGCAGUGAUUAGAUCUUUUGACGUCAACAAGCCUGGAUGUGAAGUGGAUGACAUCUUGGGGGGUGUUGCAGGUGGAUCUAUACUCCGAGGAGUGCUAAAAGUAAGUGACUCUUCAUUUUUUAUUUUGACAUCUAUUUUUUCAUAAUUUUACUUAUAAUGGAAAAUAAAUAUUAUUAUAUCUAUAUUUUAGGUAAACCAAGAAAUAGAAGUACGACCUGGUGUUGUCUCCAGAGAUCAGGAUGGAAAAUUAACUUGUCGGCCUAUACUGUCUAAAAUUAUAUCACUCUUUGCUGAACAGAAUGAUUUGCAAUAUGCAGUGCCUGGUGGAUUAAUAGGUAUGUUAAAAAUAGUAUUUCCUUUGAACUAUGUCAGAAAAAUUAUACAGAUUGAAUUUUAAAACUAUAUAAUGGUAAGAUAUUACUCUAUGAUUUAUGUUAUAGAUGUAAUAGUUUUGGUGGGUUGUUUGGUUUUUGUUUUUAAAAAAAAAUAGGUGAGGGGUGUAAAUUAUUGUUCAAAUAAAUUGUACAUCUUGUUUGUUUUUUUUUAAUCUAGGUGUAGGUACAAAAAUGGAUCCUACCCUUUGUCGUGGUGAUCGCCUGGUUGGACAAGUAUUGGGUGCAGUUGGGGCAUUACCUGACAUUUUCACUGAACUUGAAAUUUCAUUCUUUCUUUUGAGAAGGUUGCUCGGUGUUAAGACAGAGGGAGACAAGAAGGGUGCUAAAGUAGGUUUAAAGAAUCAUCUUUUAACAGUAAUAUCGAAACCUGGGUGAAAUAUCUGAAUUUGAAACGAACACAUCUACAUACAACUAGAACUUGUCAAAUUGUACAAGCACUCUUUAAAAAUGAGUCUUUGAGUAAAGUCAAAAUUGUCUCAUUUAAAAACUAAUUUUUUUUUUUUUUAAAGUUUUACCAAGUUGUCCAAAAGUAGCUUUAAUUUAAAAUGAAUUUCUCUUCAGUUAGUAAAUCCUUUUUGAAUUAGUAUACUAUCUCUUCCAAUACCGUGGUUGUUUGUUUUCCCCAUAGGUUCAAAAAUUAAGCAAGAAUGAGAUAUUGAUGGUCAACAUUGGAUCUCUUUCCACUGGUGGUCGUGUUUUGGCUGUUAGGGCUGAUUUAGCAAAGAUUGGCCUUACCUCGCCUGUGUGUACAGAGGUUGGAGAAAAGAUUGCACUGAGUAGACGUGUGGAGAAACAUUGGAGGCAAGUUAAUUACAAAAUUCAUUAACAGUCUGCUGGAUAUUGAGCUUUUCAGUACACUUUUAACUUAUGAAGAUAAUUGUCCGAUCUAAUGAGAAAUUUUCAUUCACCUUUUUUCAGAUUGAUUGGCUGGGGUCAGAUACGGAGAGGAGUGAAGAUAACGCCAGACAACUAGAGACUGUUUGAUGAUGGAUGUAAUGUAACUACCAUACAGUUAUGCAUAUUGUGUUUACAUUAAGUACUAAGGAGAAUAAAGAAGUUCAUGUUAAAAGUGUGUAUCACUUAUAACAUUUCUUAUACUGCUGUUUCUCAAAUCUUUUGGAACAGAAUUACUUUUAUGUAAUAAAAAAUAAAAUUCUUCUGCUAUUAAAAACAAAAAAAUGCAGUUGUGAUCUAAAGAAAAUAUUGGUGAUGUCGUUAUUUUGAAUCAUGGUCAACUUUUUGGGUGCAAUAUCUACCUUCAGAGUUAACUAAUUCAAUAAUUAUUUAAACUAUAUUUACUACAAGCAAAAAGAUAAAAUUUCUUUACAUUUUGAAUUAUUAGAAAAUAAAUCAGAAAUGAAUGAUUGCUGUACCAUAGUGGCACAUAGUACCAUAGUGUAUGUACUCUGUGUGAGUAUAAAUUAUUAAAUGUCUUUGAAUGGCAUAAUGUGGUAUUGUGUAUGAAAUUAAAAUUAUUGUCUCUAGAAACUCUUGUAUUCUUUUAUUGCAAAGAAUGUUUGUUUGAAAUAUGAAGUCAACCUUUUCUGGACGACAACGUCAAUUCUUUGAAAUAUUCAAUUUAUAUUUCACAGGUAAAGAAAGCAUUAUUUGCA